GCUAGCUACUACGACUAUUGCUCAAAGGACCUCCCCUACUAGCGACUGGAACUUUCAAACUACGCCACAACAGGAUGGAGGCAGGCUUCCUAAACGGACCAUCCUACCCUUCCACGGUUCCAUAUAGGACGGGCAUGUCGAAGACCACCUGUUUGCCGUCUACGAAGAUCCCGGAGCCCGGGCGGAUCCACAGGAGUUCCUUCAGCAUCGAGUCCAUUCUUUCCAUGACCCCCAGGGAUCUUGUGCAGCCCAAAGCGGGCGCGCUGUAUUGGGAACCCCGGCCCUGCGUCAAACAGAUGUCGACCUACCCUGGCACUCUGAGCCCCCCUGUGCCAAUGUGGAGCCCACCCUACUCCCCUUAUUACAUGGACUACCGGCCUCAGGCGCUGCACCAGGACAUCCGCAACCAGCUAAUGUACAACAAAGGAUAUGAACUGGACGGAAAAUUCGUGUCCAGAAAGAACUACGUUAGAAGGAGCUGCCGGAGGAUCAGAACCAUCUUCACCGAGGAACAGCUCAACAGGCUGGAGGAAGUGUUCAGCAAGCAGCGCUACAUGACCGGCACCGAAAAGGUCCUCCUGGCAUCGGCGCUCAGACUCACCGAGACGCAGGUAAAGGUGUGGUUCCAGAACAGGCGAACCCGGUGGAGGAAGAUCCAGGGAGGCACACCGGCUGGCUCAGCAGACACAUGCCUGGCCAAAAGCGACGGGAAAGGGCACGAUGAUCAUCUUUCUACUGGUGGAGAGGAGGAAGAAGAUGAAUUCAUCUCUGUGGACGAGGAAGACUGUUGGUCGCAGUAAAACGCAACAAACAGAACUGGCUACAUUAUUUCAAUGGUGGACUUAAUAACUCAAUGGACUAAGUUUUUUUUUUUCAUCAGCUAGUGUAUGAUAUGAAAGCCUCUUACUCGUGUAACCGGUAUACAAGCUCUUGUGUAUAUACUGUAAAAUGAACUUCUUGUUAAACAAGACACCGUGGUUUUAUUUUUUUGUUGCGUAUAUUUAACUCCACUGUGUGGAUAGAGGUGGCAUCUUACUGUGUCACAUCGUUCCAAUAAAUCACAGGGCAAAAAGUGAUAUAUUUUUGUUUCGAUUUUAUUUGAUACUUUUAUAAGUGGCAUUUCAAAUAUGCACGUUUCCAACCAAACGAAAAAGUGCAGAACUUACUAACGCAAAAUGGGUUGUAAGCAUGUUAUGUAAAUGCAUGGAUUCCAUAGCUUUUCUUUCGAAUCAUAUAGCGAGCUUAGUUCUAUUGUAAAAUGAGCCAUUUCGGUAUAAGCAAAGGGUUCUAAACAAUAUAGGGGUUCCUGAUAAAGACUGUGGAAUGUUCAGGAGCCCGACUUUCACUCCAGAAUAAAGCAUUGCAUUGCAGAAUUCUCUGUGUGCUUCAAUUAAAAUACAGCAUAGCUGUAAUAUACAGGGAAAGAAGUCCAAAGCCUUUUGAAGUCGAAUCAAUAAUAAGUUACUAAAAUGAAUAGGCAAGCAGAGAGUCAGAUUUUGUUCCAGUUUGCUAAACUUUUAAAGAGAUAACUGUAUAUUGACAAGCAUACCAAGAUUCAAGCAAAGCCCUAGCCACUCUUCGACACAGCAGCUAUAAUAAUGUUGAUGUGCAUUCUCUAUAUGGUUUACAUUGUACAGCUUUUUUCAAACUGUUGACUAUAAAGAUUCUUAUUA